UUGUUGUGCAAUAAAACUACCUAUUUAAGCCAUGGCGAUUUCGGCUUUGUUCACUUUCAUUCUGAUUCACAAUGCCAACCAAAGAAAGAACAAAGAGGAAAAGAGAAGAAGCUGUGAAGGCUGAAGCAAGGAAGUGUCGUCGACUCCUGGAUUUCUUCGCGCCAAAAAGACCCGAUGUAGAAGAUUCAGAACUUGUUUGCUAUGACAUUGACAAGUGGUUGUCAUCCAGUGACCCAGCUCCUCAGACAAUUCAGAAGAAGAAAGAUGCAGGUCACAAGCUUGUCUUCGAUACCAAGUGGAAACAAGGUCGCCCCUGGCUAAAAUACGUUGAGGAUGGAAACGAGGAGGGUGAAACAAGCUGCAUGAUGUUUUGUUCUCUUUGCACGAAGUGGAAUAUGAAAGGACGAAAUGGAUCAGAGGUUGAGGGUCUUCUCCAGGGUGAAACUCAUUGUGACAGACCAUAGGAACAGGCUGAAAGUAAAUAACUGCACCAAGCUACUUAUGGUCAGCAUGAAUGCUAAUUCUUCUACUGACAUUGACUUGAGGACGUGUGUGGCCAAGUUCUUGGCACGAAAGAAGAGGAGAAUAUGAACGAAUAAUUUUAUGAACUUGCAUCAAAUGAUGUCAGCCACAGUAAAUUACUGAACCCUUAA